CCCCCACCAUCCCCCACAAAUGAGAUUACUCUUCUUCCGAUCGUUCUCGGUUAAAAACCUGGGGAAGUUCGUGAUUCCAUCAUGGUACAAGCCUAAUCGAACCUUGCUUAAAAAGCUUCCCUUGCGUCCCGCAUUCCAGAUCUGGCUAAACUCAUUCAAACCUAAGCGUCUUGAACAUUUACAGAAAGAUCUCGUGGACUUAAUGCUUCCAGAAACUCACGAGGAGAACCAGGGGAUAGUUAGAGAGUUUAAAAGAGUUGUCAUUAACAAAAAAGGUGAUUUCAUUAAUGAAGUCGGGUUGAAGGUUGUCAAUGGCGAAAAGUUGCCCACCAAACAUAUUGUAUUUAUUCACGGGUACGGUGCUUCACUAGGCUGCUUUGCCAGAAACUUCCAACUAAUCAACAAGUUCAAACAGAGUAACAAGUAUAACUAUCAUAUCCAUUUCUUGGACAAUCUCACCUUUGGAUUAUCGUCAAACCCCAAGGUGGACAACAACAGCAUCAGCUACUGGCUGAUCCCGAGAUGUGCUUCUAUCCGGAUGAUUGACAAUGAACCCACCAAUUCCAAGAAACUAUACAAGAAAUACUACAAACUAAUCGAAGGAUACCAAUUACACCCUGACGACUUUCACCUGUAUAAACAGCACUUUCUGCCAAUCUUGGAAGAUCUUGAGAAGUUUUACUGCCAGGGUAUCGAUUCAUGGAGGGAAAGUAGUGGCAUUGACAAAAUAGAUUUCCUCAUCGGACAUUCAUACGGAGGAUACUGGUCAGGGUCGUAUUCGUUACGCUACCACGAUAAGCUCUCCAAUUUGAUCUUGCUUUCGCCAGUCGGGGUAGAAAGACAUGUCCAUGCAGUGACCAACGAAGUUUCCACUCGUGACAUCCAAACUCCAUCACUUGAUCCUACGUCAUUCAAGUUUCUUACUAGAUUACCCAUACUUUCAGCGCAACAUGUCAAGAAAUGGUACGGAAUCCAACCAUUUUUGCCUCGAUUCCUCAGAUUUCUUGGUCCAUGGGGCGUGCAACAGUAUUUCGGCAUGUGGAUGAGUAAGCUCUACAAAAUCAAUAAACUCAUUGAAAAACAUGGCGGUCCAGAAACGGUAUUCACGAACCAUAAUGACUUGAUCUAUGGUAAGAAGAAAGAAAUCAAAUUGAUUAUUGAAUAUCUUUACAAUUCAAUCACCCUGGGGACACACAGUGACAUUUACAUAAAAUACUUACUUACCCCUGCAACUGUCAGCAAGUGGCCGUUGUAUGACAAGUUCCACAAGAAGCUUAGUGAAAACCCCGAAGAUAUCAAGUUCAACAUCAAUUUAAUCUACGGACAAUAUGAUUUCAUGAAUUCCGAAGCGGGAAAUAAGUUGAUCAGUGAUUUAAAAUUCAAGCUUGGCGAAGACACCAAGAAAGAGUAUAGUGAAGUUAGCGAAGGUGGGCAUAACCUAUACAUUGACAAUCCAUUUGAAACCAAUCAAAAGAUCUUUGAUAUUGUCAUGGAUCAAGAAGACAAGUAGUAGACUGUACAUAUUUAUUUAUUUAUUUAUUUAUUUGAUAGAACAAUAAAACAUAAGUGCAACCUUGCAGCCAAGCUAAUUAAGAAAAACUUGACUUAGUUUGUUGUCGGAAUGUGGUGCCGAGAUUUUUCCGGAAGCUUCACCGAAAUCGCCGGAUGGUGAAGGAUAUAAAC